AUGCAGUUGCAAGUGCUGCCUUUGCUCUGCAUCCCCUGUGUCCCGGUGAUUUCGCGACCCUUACCCAGGGACCCCAACGCACUAGACGUUGACAGCGCAAACAGUUGUCAUCAGAGGUCCCUGCAAGUCCCUUAUGUGCUGCAAACGUGGAUCCUUCAAGGAACUGCACCAGGUGACACCAUGACCGUUUGCAAUACCUCCCUGGGUCAUCCUCCUUUCUUCAUUCUCCAAGGCAUUCCUGGGAUAGAGGACAAACACAGAUGGAUCUCUAUCCCCUUCUCUUCCGUGUACUUUGUCACCAUUCUUGGGAACUGCACCAUCAUCUUCAUCAUCUGCACAGAGCGCUCCCUGCACAAGCCCAUGUUCCUUCUCCUCUGCACGUUGGCCUUCACAGACCUGGGCAUGUCCACUACCACCAUUCCCAAGGUGCUAUGCAUCUUCUGGUUUGGCCAGAGUGAGAUGAGCUAUGUGGGCUGUCUGGUCCAAAUGUUCUUCAUCCACUCCAUAUCUGCCUUUCAGUCUGCCAUCCUGAUGACCAUGGCCUUUGACCGCUAUGUGGCCAUCUGUGAGCCCCUGUGCUAUGCCAUCAUUCUUUCCAAUAGUCACAUUGGGCUCAUUGGCCUACUCAGUUUAGUGAGAGCCAUCUUUUUCAUUCUGCCCAUGCCUGUCCUCCUCCAGAACAUGCCUUUUCAUGCAAAUCAUGUCAUCCCAACCACCUACUGUGAGCACAUGGCUGUGGUGAAGAUGGUGUGUGUGGCCACCACAGUCAACCGGAUAUAUGGUCUGGUGGUGGCCUUGUUGGUUGCAGGGCUAGACAUCUCAGCUAUUGCCUCCUCUUAUGUGCUUAUCAUCUGGGCUGUUCUGCGACUGUCUUCUAAAGAAGCCCACCACAAAGCAGUCAACACCUGUACCACAUAUAUCUGUGUUAUGCUUAUGCUUAUGCUUAUCUCUUACACACCUUCACUGUUCUCUUUUCUCACUCACCGCUUUGGCAGGAGAAUUCCACCCCAUGUGCGCACCAUUCUUGGAAACCUCUACUUCCUUGUACCUCCAAUGCUCAAUCCUAUUAUUUAUGCAGUGAAAGCCAAGGAGUUUUGGGACAAACUGACCAAAUAUGGGUGCUGGGAGAAGGAGCCCAUUACCAUUGUCCAUGGUCAGAAGCUUGUCUGA